AGAUGUGCGCAGACGGAGUUGCCAGUUUGACAGGACUUGCUGGUAUUGUUGAUGCGUUGAUGACGCCGCGCAACAGAUUUUCCGGCUUUACCAUGGCUUUCCUUGUAUUCGACCUCGCUGCCUUUGGCCUUUCGUUUACAUCUCUAUCUGUGAUCGUCGUUCGUAUUUCCACAAACGUAGGGAUGCCACUGGAUGGUGACAAGUCUAAUUCGAAUACAGACUCUGUAAGCUAUAACUGGAUCGUGUUACUCCUUAACAUCAGUGAGGUAUUGGCAGACUUCAUCCUGGUACUGCUUAACUGCCACUUUUAUUCAACUUUGUAUCCGAGGGUGCACAGCUGUUUCCAAAUAGAGACAAUCGACGACGUAGGAAACAAUGAUGAAAUCGAGAUGCGUGACAUGGUCCAGCAGUGGGUCGCCCGACACAGCGAGAUGCCGGGUAUUCAACCGCCUUGCUUGGAACGUAUAUAUUAUCAACAAAUAAAGGACGCGAAAUAUAGCACACUCUUCAACAACAAAACAAGAUAAAUAUAAUUAAAGUAAGUACAGGCGAAAAUACUGCGGAUAUUUUUACGAAGGCACUGUGUAGAGAGAAAUUUGAAAGGUUUAGGUCAUGGAUGAAUGUAAACUAAGAGGAAUGUAAAUAAAGUAAUAAGGUUUAAAGGUUCUAUUAAGUAAUUCGACAAAUCAUGUAAAUCCGAUAAGCAGUCGUUAAGAAGCAUCUGGAAGAGUCGGUUGACAACAAGCGAG